UACCCCCCUCUCUCCUGCUCAGCGCUCUGGGCGUCGCCAUUAAUGGCGGAAGACGGAUGCCGGUGGUCCAUGGGAGAAGCCAUGUGGGAACUUUAAAUAAGCUUGCACGGUCACCGCCUGCCCUCUCGUCCUCUUCCCCAUCUUCAUCGAUUGCAUCUUCCCCGAAUUCAAGGUUUCCUACCAUGGGAGCGUCCUUCGGCCUUUAAGAGGGCCAGUCCUCCAAUAGCUUUCUCCUCUCCGCCAUUGCUAUGAUCUCGUGAAAGAUCCUCGGGUUCUGGAGAAAUUUGUGGUUUUUUCUUCGUUUCCGUCGUUUUUUCUUGGUGCGUGCUCGCCAGCUUGGUCGGGAAGUCGAGAUUUUGAUAUAAAAAUCUCUUUUUUGAUCGCUUGGAGAGCUCAAGUUGGCUAAAAAGUUGAAGUCUUUCAGCGAAAAAGAAGCUUGUCAUGUCAUUUCAGGCAGAAAUUGGAGCAAGUUCUAAGGGUUUUCUUUUAGUUGACCGUGCUUUAUCCAAAAACAUUUCUUGCUUUCCAACCGUUUCCUUCCAUGCUACUGUUCUCCUGUAAGAGAAUCCUUCAAGCAAAUCCACGGGAGCUUCUUCGAGUUUAAUGGCGCGUGCUCUCGUGUUUCUUGUUGUCAUAUUUUCUUGUUUGUUCUUGAUCCGGAGAACUGAGCAAAUACAGACAUCACAAACCCAGCAGCUGCUGCAGCUAAGGAAACAGUUGCAGUACCCCAAACAGUUGGAUGCUUGGAACAACACGGAUGACCUAUGUUAUGCCCCUUCUUCGCCGGUUGUCCAUGUCGGUUGUGAAGGAGACUUGGUCACUAUGCUCAAAAUUGUGGGUGACAAGCUUGCCAAGCCAGGUGAGUUCGAAGGCUACUCGAUCCCAGAUCAAACACUAUCUGAAAGCUUCUCUGUUGAUUCCUUUGUCACAACUCUGACCAGGCUGACUACCCUGAAAGUAGUGAUUCUGGUUUCUUUGGGGAUAUGGGGUCCUCUUCCUGACAAAAUCCACCGGCUGAAUGCGCUUGAAGUGCUCGAUUUGAGUUCCAACUUUCUAUAUGGUUCAAUUCCUCCAAAGUUGUCAGCCAUGACAAGGCUUCAAACACUGACUCUGGAUGGGAAUUUUUUCAAUGACACUGUUCCUGAUUGGUUCGAUUCAUUUUCAAACCUUACAGUUCUGAGCUUGCGGGGCAAUCGCUUGCAUGGGCCAUUGCCGGCAACAAUUGGCAGAGUCACCACUCUCACUGAACUUGCUUUGUCAGGCAAUAAUAUUUCAGGUGCAAUCCCGGAUCUAAGUGGCUUAACCAGUCUCGACCUUUUGGAUUUGAGGGAUAAUAAAUUAGAUUCUGAACUACCAGCAAUGCCCAAAGGGUUGGUCACUGCUUUACUUAGCAAGAACUCAUUGACUGGCGAGAUCCCAGAGCAGUUUGGGGAAUUGAGUCGGCUACAGCAUCUUGACCUAUCAUGCAACUUGCUCGAAGGGACGCCACCAGCAGAACUUUUUUCACUGCCAAACAUCAGUUAUUUGAACCUGGCAUCUAAUAUGUUCACUGGAUCCAUUUCCAGCAGUAUAACCUGUAGCAGCCAACUUGGGUAUGUUGAUAUAUCCACAAAUAGACUGACCGGUGGGUUGCCUUCAUGUUUGAACUCAAAUUCUAACAAAAGAGCUGUUAAGUUCAAUGGGAAUUGUCUGUCCAUUGACCCUCAACAUCAGCGCAAAGAUAAAUAUUGCCAAAAAAGUCAAAUCAAGGGGAAAGAUGCAAAGACUAGAGACAUUGGGUUGAUGGUUGCAGUCAUUGGAGGAAUUACUCUAGUUGUGCUCGUGCUUUUGCUUGUGUUUUUGGUUGUCUGCAGAAGAAACUGCCGGCGAGCAAUAGCAGAGCAGCGCUUAUUGCCAAAGCCAGUGCAAGAAAAUUCAGCCACAGGAUUCUCCUCUGAGCUUCUUGCAAAUGCAAGGUAUAUUUCUCAAGCCAUGAAGCUAGGAAUGCAAGUGUUGCCUACAUAUCGAGUGUUUUCUCUAGAAGAGUUAAAGGAAGCAACAAAAAAUUUUGAGCAUUCAGCAUACGUAGGCGAGGGUUCAAUAGGGAAGCUUUACAAGGGAAGAUUAGAGAAUGGAACCUUUGUCGCAAUAAGAUGCCUGGCAUUGUUUAAGCAAUAUUCAAUUAGAAACCUAAAGCUUCGACUCGAUUUGCUUUCAAAACUUCGCCACCCACAUUUGGUUUGCCUCCUAGGACACUGCGUUGAUGGAGUAACAGAUGAUUCCAGUGUAAACAGGAUCUUCCUUAUUUAUGACUAUGUACCCAAUGGAAAUCUUCGUACUCAUCUUUCUGAGUGCAGUCUGGAGAGGGCUCUUAAGUGGUCAGACAGAAUGGCAAUUUUGAUAGGCAUAGCAAAGGCUGUGCAUUUUCUACAUACAGGAAUUAUUCCUGGUUGCUUCAACAAUCGACUGAAGACUGAUAACAUUUUGCUUGAUGAGCACUUGAUAGCAAAAGUGAGUGAUUAUGGGUUGUCCAUUAUUUCUGAAGAAAUUUACAAGCAGGAGGCAAGUGUAGAAGGUCAGAAAUCUAUGCACAACGAAUCUUUAGCAUUGGAAAUGCUAAAUGUGGAUGAUGAUGUUUACUCCUUUGGCUUAAUCUUACUUGAAGCACUUGUUGGACCAGCACUAUCCAAAAAAGGAAUAGCAUAUUUCCUAAAGGAACUGGCAAUGUCAUUUAGCAAAAAUGAAGAGCAAAAGCACAUUCUUGAUCCUAUCAUUCUCGGUACCUCAUCACAAGAGUCUCUUUCAAUUGUGAUCUCUCUAACAAACAAAUGCUUGUCUCCAGAGUCUUCAACGCGCCCAUCUAUGGAAGAUGUGCUCUGGAACCUGCAGUAUGCUGCCCAGGUCCAGGCAACAGCUGAUGGCGAUCAGCGAUCAGAUGUUGCUUCACAGGCAUGAUGAAUCAUUUCAAGUCUGGCCCAGAAUGGUCCACUGGAAAUCCACAAUUUGUGGAAAGUGGCCCACUGAAUUACAAGGCUUGGAGGUGUGUUUCUUCUUUCUAAGCUGUUGUAACCAUUUGGAGAAGACAAACAAGGCAUGCCUUGUUAUGUAACCAAAAUGAAGGUCCCGAACAAGGCAUGCCUUGUUAAUGCUUAUUGCUGUAAUUGUAAUCUUUACAUGUUUGCUCUGCGGUUGUGAUAAUGAUCAGGUUCCUCUUUUUCUCA